CUAAGAAGGGUUAGAGUUAAACCCUCUUAAUUCGGAAACAAACGUCAUCUCGAUUUACAUUGGUAACCUUUGUGCGACUUAUAAAAGGAGGCAGUGUGCCAAGCCAACUCUCAAUUUAGACCAAGCUACACAAAGGGAAGAACUCUUACAAAAGAACACAGCAAGAACAACAUAAUGAGAGCUAAUAAUGGAGGAAAAGAUGGCCAUGAACUUGCCAAAAGAAGGAGAAGAAGAAGUAGAAACGGGGAGAACAUGUCAGAUACUGCUUCCAAUGGCAACGUUUCUUCUAAACAAGGAAAAAAGAAGAAUUCUGCUCUUGAACAAGAAGAAAAUCGCGGUGAAAACAACACGAACAGUCGAAACCGUGAAAGCCGCCGAUAUGGCAUGAUUGUAGAAGAUAUUUACAUUGAUAUGGAAGACAUUAUUUGUGAUAUUCAGAAUGGGAAAAUCUCGUUGGACGCACUGCCUAAGUUGGGACUGUUUCCUUUACACGAGGCAGUCGCUCGCGGACUUACAAAAUAUGCCGAGAGUUUAAUAGAACUUGGAUUACAACUUACAAGCGAAACUCCUGACGGACUAACACCACUGGAGAUAGCAGUUAUGGCUGGGAAUUUUGACGCUGCUGCCUUGUUGAUUCAAUAUGGUGCUCCCAUUGAUCGAAUUCGAGAUGGAAUUCCUCAAUUUAUGUAAAGGUUUCUAUCCUCAUUCAAGAGAUUUAAGACUGGUUGUUACCAACUUGACUUGAUGUGUGCCCUCUUGACUGGGAGACUAAGAUUAUUAAGACUGGUUAUUUUAUGCCGCUUAUGAGUGAGAGAACAUCACUGUGCGCAAUAAUUGCGCUCAAGAUAACCCAGUUGUACUUCGUGGAGUAUAUUUCACAGACAAUGUAAUUAAAUGUUAUUUGGAGACAGAAGCUUAAUUGUUUUAAGCAGCAAUUAACAGAACAUCACAGAAAAUGUCAGAGAUCACAAUACUGUAUUGUAUUUAUUGAAAUAAUAAACCAUCAUCGCCUAAUA